ACAGAGCGAGGAAGAAAAGAGAGUGAGAGCAGAAAACGAGGGGGUUGGCACGAAGAUGGCAGUGGGAGCGUGUUCAUGCCUGAUAACACCCUGCUCCUGCACAGCAGUCCAGGGGUAGGACAGGACCUCUGGGGCCAGCAAGAAGUGUAACAGCUUGGAAAGCACAGAUAAAGGACAUGUUUAAUUAGAGAGGGUGAUUUGGGGUAACAGAAGGAGGAAAUAGAGUGUUAGCCUGUCAAGAAGGCCUCAACAGUUUGCUCAGCUCAGGUUCCACCAGGCCAGAGGAGCUCGGGGAGGUCACAGCCCAGGAUGAUCAGCCAGCCCGGGGUGGGGUCCCGGCCCCGGCGCUCGGGCGAGAGCUACGAGGAGAAGUGCGAGCGGCGGCAGGAGGGCAGGGAGAACCUGCGCAGGAGGAACAACGCGACCACCUGCCGGCACCUCCCGAGGGCAGCGGGGCAGCCACCCCACAGCCCGCGCCAGAGGGAGUUCCUGAGGAGGAGAAACCUGGCGGGCGAGGCGGGAAGGGCAUCCCCGAGGCGGGAGCCGGAGGCGCGAACCCCACCGGGCUCCUCACCGACCGUCCUGCUCCAGGACUUGUGGAGCAGCCCCACGUCACCCCCUGCACAGCCCCUGCUCCACCUCCACAUCCCCCCUGGCAUUCCAGCAGAAACCAUUCCUGGGCAGAGUGACUCUGUGAACACCCAAGGAACACAAACCCUCACAAAUCCAAGAGAAGGAGUGAAAGACUCGAGCCAGCAGACAGACUGUGGAACAGCACUUUUUAAUAAGGAAAUGAUGCAGCUGUCCAACUACCUGAAGGAGGCCCUGCACCGGGAGCUGCUGCUCAAGCAGAAGAUGGUGAUUUUGCAGGAGCUUUUCUCCACACUGCUGGAAGCCUCAGAGAAAUCCUGGCAGGGUCAGCUGAACGAAGACAAACUGAAGUGCAAACUAAGGGCCCUCGAAAAUCAGCUGCAGGCUUGCACCCAGAGUUACUCAAAGGAGUGUGUGAAGAAGAUCCUGAUAGAGAUGGAGGACCAGAAGCAGACCUAUGAGCAGAAGGCAAAAGAGGCCCUUCAGAAGAUGCUGGAGGACAAGCUCCAAACAGAGCAGCAGCUGCAAAACUCUCAGGCGCUGCAGAGCCUGCGGAGGGAACACGCCGUGCUCCACCUGAGAGCCACUGCCCUGAGCCAGGACAUCGACCUCAAGGCCCAGCACAUCACUGCCAUCGAAGACAAACUGCAAAAAGAGCAAAAGCAGAGGGUAAUGCUGGAGGCAACAGUCAGCCAUUUGCACAACUUGAUCCAGAACAACCAACAGAAGAGCCAGGAGGUGGCAGUGCAAAGGAAAGACCAGGUUUUCACCACCCAGACCCCACCUCUCAUUCCUACCAAGGAAAACCAAAACACUCUGUUAGAGCACCCUGAGGAGGAGGAGGAGGGAGAAGAAAGUCUGAAGGAUGAGAUGCAGAAAAAGACAUCCCAGCUCACAGCAAAGGAGAACGAGGUACAUGUGGACACACAGGCACACGUGGACACCGGGGCAGCAGGAGCGAGACCCCCCGGUCCGGGCGGUGCCCGCGCGCGGGCGAAGCUCUGCGGCCUCUGCGGGGGCCCUGCCAGGCUGCCCGGGUACCAAAGGGAGGGGACCCCCCCCGAGCUGGAGGCCCUGAGCGAGGAGUACCGCUCGUGCCUGAGCAGGCUGCGCCAGUGCCGCGACGAGCUCAACCGCUCCCACAGCCAGCGGGCCAAGAGGCAGCGAGGUCACUGGAUCCCCCUCCUGGUGGCACUCACAGCAGUGGCCAUUGCCACCUUCCUGGCAAGUUACAGGCCAUGAAGGACCUCCCUGAUGACUGACUUCACUGCAGGAACUGACUGUGCUUCCCCAAAAGUCCGUGACCUCGCCGCAGUGCACCCUCUGCUGUUUUGUACCCGCGUGUUUGGUUCACAUCCUGAGCUGGUCUCACUCCAGACAAACUCCCAAUAAA